UUAACUACACAAAAAGACCACAGCUAAAUGGAAAUUUUUGACAAAUGUCAAUCACACAUCCAAUCUGCACAAUUCCUAGCUGGAAGAUUUUGAAUUUUUUUGCUUCUUUUGGCCAUGAUUUUGAAUUUUCUUUCCCUCUCAUUCAUCACUUAGCUUGCUGGGCCAUAAACAUAUGUCCAGUCCAACAAGGCCCAACCAAGCCCGGUCCGGUUUGUUGAAAAGAAACAAAAAAACGCAUGCGGGCAAAACAGGACAGUGGAAGAGCAUCAUAAGUCGUUUUCAUUGUUUCAGAAUGCAGAACUCCUCUUCUUCUUUUGGCUAUGAAAUUUGAAACAAUUCUCACAACCAAAAAGUUUCAAUCACUCCUCCAUGCAACAUCUUCUUCUCACAGUUUCACGCCAUCCCUUUCAUUGCAGAGUUUUGUAUCCCUUCCAAAAACCUCUCUCUUUGGUUUCAAAUUUCAAAUUCUCCUCUUUAGUUCCAUCUUCCACACACUCUGUCUCUCUAUCUCUCACUAUCUUCCUAUCUAUCGAAAUUUCCUUCCAAUUCCAUUUCUAAAAACACCAAAACCUAUGGUAGGAGGAAGAAGAUGACCGAGAUUCAUUUAGAUUGACAUAAAUAGAUCUUCUGUGUAUGUUUUUAGGUGUUUUUCGAAAAAAAGAACCUAUGAGUGGCCAUGAAGUUGUUCUCAAGAUGAUUCAUAUGUUGACAUCUAUAUCAGUACAAUCGAACUGGACUUUGUAAGCAUUCACAUCCACCACUUAACCUUUGUAAUGCUUGAUUUUGGGUUUGAACUAAAAGGCAACAAGAAUGUAUUGGGGGAGUUUCACAGUGGCUUUAUGAACAAUAGAGAAAGAACUGGUUCUACUAACCAAAAUUAAUUCAAGGUUUUUCAUUUUACUUGAGAAGAGACUUUUGGUUGUGGAAAAAGGCCUUGCUACACCGCCGCUACAAAUAUCAGCUACAACUGCAGAAGUGAGAGAUGAUGGAGUUUGAAUGGUCACAUUUAGAGGUAAAUUAUGUGAAGGAUCAUGCUUGAAUGGUCACUUUCUUUCUCAGCUUUGUAACAGAUUUACAAACCCAGCAACGACAAAGAUCGAUGAAGAUUUGGAAUUAAGGUAUCCUCAUAAAGGAAUGUUCAAAGAGCUUCUAAAAAAUGAAGGUUCACAAAAUUACGGUUUGAUUGUAAUUCAAUUUUAUCAGAAAAUUUGGGUUUGUUUUGAUUAUCAGAAAAUGGAAUAUAGUGUUUCAGAAAUCAAUUAUCAGAGAUUGUUGUUCAUGAAUUUGAAGAAAAAUGUUGUCUUCUCGAUCGAAUCCUUCGACCUGUUUCAAGAUCCAUCCCGCAGUUAUUGUGAGUGUUUUGCUUGCUGCCGGUGUUUACUGCAUAGAGCCCUGCUCCUGUCAGGAAUGCAAUAACAAAAUAGUGUCAUGAUGUUUGUCAAGUCACAUAUUAUUGGAGUGCUCAUUUGCUUAAAGGAGAAAAGAGAACAAGUUUGUUUGAAUGUCCCCUGUUUCAGUAGGGCAGACUUCGCUUCUUUCUAUAAGAUGAGAAUCCAUCAAAUUUUCUGAUGUUAGCGAGGAAGAAUAUAUAUUGGAAAGUUAGUGCAAGGAUGAGGAAAUAGACAAAUGAAAAAGUAAGUGGAAGUGAGGAUGAGAACAAAGUAAUUGAAAGGAUUAGUUUUCUUUGGAUGUAGCUAAGUCGCUUCCAAUUUUGAAACUAGAGGAAUUCACUAUAUCAUAAAUUAAACUUAAUAAAAUCUGUUUAUGAUCCAUUAAGUUUAGGCAUAUACAUGAUACUUCAUAGUUGAUUUGGUGUUAGUGUUGUGGCUACUCGACAUAAGUGUGCUCUCCUUUGUUAUAAGGAUCAGGUGUAUUUAUUCCAUACUUUUAAAUUAUAACCUGCAUUGGCUUAAAAUGACACAAGUCAUUAGAUUGCUUUAAUUUAUUCUAUUUUGUGAGGUUUUGACUCUGAUUCA